CACUGAGCUAGGAUAAAAAUCAAGGACCAUACUUGCUCUGUGCUUUGUAUGAAGUUAGUGUUUAGUAAAUAAUUUUUGAUUAAUUUAAUAAAAGAUGUCAUCCCAGAACCAGUCAAGUGUUCUUCAUAAAUUCAAGGAGAUCCUUUUUUCUACUAUGUCUUCAGAAGAACUUCUAAAUUCCCUGGAUUCCUUCAGUGCAAGAGAAGAUGAUGUGUUUCUGGUUUCCUAUCCAAAAUCUGGCACUCACUGGAUUGCUAAGGUCAUCGAGAACAUUCCCAAUGCUGAAAUCACUCUAACAUCUCCAAUUGAAUUGGGAGACAUUUCUAAAUUUGAAGAGCUGAAAAUGUAUCGUAAGAGAAGAGUUAUUCCAACACAUUUGAACUACAGCAUGCUACCAGUGGAUAUUAAACAAAAACAAUGCAAGAUUAUUUACAUCAUUAGGAAUCCCAAAGACACAGCUGUUUCUUUAUUUCACUACUACAGAGAUAACCCUAAUCUCCCUGGCGUUGAAACCUGGGCUGCAUUUUUAGAGCUUUUCCUAAAAGGAAACGUUGUAUAUGGAUCCUGGUUUGAUCAUGUUUUAAGCUGGGAAAGCCACAGAAAUGAUAAAAACAUUCUAUUUAUCUUCUAUGAAGAAAUGAAGAAGGAUCUUUCUAAAAGCAUAAAGAAAAUAACGACUUUCCUUGGUAUUAAUGUGAGUGACGGCGAAAUUAAUCAGAUCUCUUGGAAAUCAUCAUUCAGGGAAAUGAAAAAUAAUGCAGCCAAAGAAAACUGUGAUCCAAAUAAGACCAUCUGCGCCCUCACAUCUAAUAAGAACCUGGUAUUUAGGAAAGGAGCAGUGGGUGAUUGGAUAAACUACUUUACUUCAAAGCAGAAGAGAGUAUUUGAUGAACUAUUCACAGAGAAAAUGAAACACAGUGAACUAGCAAGACACUUUGAAGAUUACUCUUAAUAUAAAUGGAAAAUGAAACCAAUUUCCAUUUUAUGAGAUACAGUACUUGUGGAAUAUAUAAAUAUUUUUCACCAAUGUGGAAAGCAGAUAUUUCUUUUAGUGAGAAAUGGACACUUUAUGAAUGCGUCAAAAAUGCCAUGUG